AUGAGUAAUCAUUCUAAAAGAUCAACUCUUCUGAAAUGUAAUACUUUGAAAGCACCUAAAUAAUUAAGAAAAGCCAAAUCUUUUUAUUCUUAAGCUGAAACAUUUUAACUUAGUAAUCAAGUAGAUGGGACAGAUGAAAAAUUAAAGUAUUUAUGAGAAUAAGAAAUAGAAAAUUAGAAUAAUCAUUUCAUAAUUAAUCUGAUUUUAAAAUCUUAUAAUCUUAACCAAGAUUUAAUAAGACUUUUUCAGUUCACAAAAAAAAUAAUUUUGGUGAUACAAUAAUUCCAGAAUGGUUAAAAUCUAGAAGAGAUUUUCAAUAAAUUUGUUAUACGGAAUCUAUAAAUGAUUUAUUAUCUGUCCCUAAAAUUAUUUUAAAAUAACAAAGAAAUACUAUUGAAGAUUAAAGAAUAAAAGAUUGGAUUUAAAAUAAAGUUAAUGGAUUACCAGAUGAAUUAUAUAAAGAUUUAACUUAAAUAAUGUCAACUCGAAUUUUCACUUAUGAGGAAAUCUUUGAUGUAGACCAUAAUAUAACAAUUUUAUAUGAAGGCAAAGUUUAAAGAGUAAAUAAAGAUCUUGGAUUUCCUAUAAAUGGUUUACCAAUAAAAAUAGGAGAAUUUUUGAGUGAUGAAUACUUAUAUAUGGUUAAAACAGAUGUAAUUAUUAUAGAAAUUCCUAAAAUUGAAUUGAUGUAACUUAUGGAUGGAUUUAAAAUUUAAAAAUUAGAAUAAUUUGUAUAAUAAAUGAAAUAAUUUCCAGCAUUCAAAUCCAUUAAAAAAAAUAGUUUACAUAAAAUCAUUACAAGAGGAUAAUUAUAAUUGAUUAUCAAAAAUUACUAAAGAUUUUAAAGAGCUUCAAAUUAGGAAUAUUUAAGUAUACUAUUCUAUGGUAAAUUACAAUUGAAUUUAAGAAAACUUAUAAGCAAAAUGAAUAAAUGGCCUAUUUCACAAAAUUAAUGGGAAACCAAAACUUAUUAUUAAUAUCAAGAUAGAAUUUUAGAAUUAGAAUCUCUCAGUUGUUUUGGACUUACUGAUGAUUAAUACACAAUCUCAACAAGGGAAAGUUGUGUACUAUUACAAAUAAGAAAAAAUAUUUUAGAAACAAGUAUUAAUUCAAACGAUUAACUUAGUUUUAACAACAGAAUAAAUUAAUGAUUUGAAAUAAUCAAUUGAUAUAUUUUAGUAAGAGUCUAAAAGUUAAUGGAGAGAACGAAUGAGAAGAAAGUUUGAUCUUGAACUUACACAAUAAAAAACAAGAAUGGAAAAAGUAAUGUUUGCAUUGUUAAAUAAUUGA